GCGACAAGGACGUGCACCGGGGGACCAAUGGAGAAAUCCAAAAACUUUCGCAUUGACGCGCUUUUAGCAGUCGAUACGCCCAAGGCGCAGACCUCGCCGCUGGCUCUUGUGACUUCCCUGUCCUCCUCGUCCUCCAUCCCGUCGUCUGGGAGCGUGGCAGCCCCGGAGCUGACCACCAGCGCCGAGUCUUUACGCACCGAGACGCCGUCCCCUCCGAGGAUUUCCACCUGCGGGCUGAUUCCCAAACCGGGUUUCCUCAACAGCCCGCACAGCAUGGUUGGAUUACAUCCGCAGAGCACCGCAGGGAUCCCGGCGCAGGCUCUCUACGGUCAUCCCAUGUACACCUACUCCGCUGCCGCCCUCACAGGCCAACACCCUGCCCUGUCCUACUCGUACCCACACGGCUCCCAUCACCACCACACCAGUGAUCCCAUUAAACUGACAGCCAGCACCUUCCAGCUGGACCACUGGCUCCGGGUCUCCACAGCCGGGAUGAUGCUUCCCAAAAUGUCUGACUUCAACUCCCAGGCGCAGUCUAACUUGCUUGGAAAGUGCAGAAGACCGAGAACGGCAUUCACAAGUCAGCAGCUGCUGGAACUGGAGCAUCAGUUCAAACUCAAUAAGUAUCUGUCACGACCGAAGCGAUUCGAGGUGGCCACGUCCCUCAUGCUGACAGAAACUCAGGUUAAAAUCUGGUUCCAGAACAGACGCAUGAAGUGGAAGAGAAGUAAGAAGGCUAAAGAGCAGGCCGCCCAGGAGGCCGAGAAGCAGAAAGGAUCCAAGGGCGGCCAGGAGAAAUCAGACGGACUCGAACAGUCGGAUUAUCACAGCAAGACAGACUCAAAAAACGGCAGAAUAAGAGACUUCAGGGACAGUGACGACGACGAGGGCGACAAUUUCCUCUACAACUCGUCAGACUGCUCUUCAGACGACGAGAGGAAUCACAACAGUGACAUAAGUCCACAGCCUUGAAGCUGACGCAGAGUAAAAGGGGGCGAAAGUGGAAAAUCUCCGUUUCUAAUGACUCUGGGGGAUUUUCGCUGUUAAAUGCAGUUGCAUGUAAUCCAACCUCUACAUGGAAUUAUUGAGAUUUUUGUUUUGUUAUGAAAAGAAUAAAACAUUAGGUCAAAAAUAGACCGUUGUGUCAUAAACAAGCAAUAAAAGCAGGAGACUUUAUCCUCACAUAUAGGAGCAUCACUCGGCUAUAGGUAAACUGUGACUUCUUGCAUGGUUAUAUGCAAAACGCUGUAAACUGGCUCAGGAUUUUUGCAAUCUGUCCCUGUUGUGAUGGUUAGUUUGUCAGCAAUAACAUUUCCAUGAUAUCCUGUAGCCCACACACUAAACAGUUUGUCGUCUUGUUUUGUUCUUUGUGGUUCCACUUCAGUACAACGUGUCAUACCAAGCUGCAAAAUGUUAUGUUUAUUUUUCUAUACUGUAUUUAUAAAAAAAAAAUAGUCAUUCAAGUGCAUGCUAAAUUAUUUAGCGUCUCUCUUGCUGCAAACAAUGUGAAAUAAAAAUGUUUGAUAGAAAAUUA